AUGUUUAAUUCAGCUGUGGUAUUUAAUCCCUCUGAUGGAACUUCAAAAAGAUUUUCAGUUCCUGUUGUUCAAGAAUUGGCAUCUCAGCACCUUCAAAGCCUUCCUGAAAGAUAUAUCAGAUCAGAGAAAGAGCGCCCAAAUGCCUUUCCUCUUCAUCAUUUGGACAUCCCCAUAAUUGAUAUGGACAUGUUUUGGGGGGAUUCAGAUCUCUGCAGGCAAAAGGAAUUAGAAAACCUUGGCAUGGCAUGCCAGGAAUGGGGAUUUUUUCAGGCUGUGAAUCAUGGAAUUCCUCUUUCUCUGACAGAAAGAAUGAAGAAAAUUGUAAGGGAAUUCAUACAACUGCCUUUGGAGGAAAAAAUCAAGUACAAAAUGCAAGAGAUUGAAGGCUAUGGCCAGGCCUUUGUAAUCUCUGAUGACCAAGUACUGGACUGGGCGGAUAUGAUGGCCUUGACAACUCUGCCUCCAGAUAAUAGAAAAAUGGAGUUUUGGCCAACAAAGCCAGAGGAUUUUAGAGAAUCUGUGGAUCAAUAUGCCCUGGAAGUACAAAAGCUUGGCAAUACAAUUCUUCGCCUCUUAUCAGAGAAUGUUGGGCUAACACCAGACUGUUUCCUUAACAUGUGUGGGCAAAUGAGACAGAGAAUGAGAUUGAAUUACUACCCACCCUGCCCAAGACCAGAUCUGGUUUUAGGCAUAAGCCCUCAUUCAGAUGGAACAGGUUUGACAGUGUUGUUGCAGGAUGAUGAGAUAGUGGGGCUACAGAUCUGCAAGGAUGGUGAAUGGAUUCCUGUUCAACCCAUCCCUGGUUCCCUGGUUAUCAAUAUUGGGGACAUGCUUGAGGUGAUAAGCAAUGGAAUAUAUAAGAGCAUUGAGCACAGGGCGGUCACAAACCUGGACAGAGAUCGAAUCUCCAUUGCCAUGUUUUAUGGUCCAGAUAAGGAAACAGAAGUAGGUCCUGCUCCUGAACUCAUAGAUGAGUUGCAUCCCUGUCGAUAUAGAAGAUUCAUUCAAGCAGACUAUAUACAGCACGUCUUUUCUGGAAAGCUUGAUGGGAAGAAGAGUAUUGAAUUUUCCAAAAUCUAA